ACUGGCUUCAAACUCAUGAAGACCCUCUUUGCCUCUGCCUCAGGAGUGCUAGGAAUAAAGGUGUGUACUUGUUUACUGACUUUUAAAUAAUUGUGUAUUUGUUUAUUUGGAGUAGGGUCUCCUGUAUCCCAAGCUGGCCUGGAACUCACUAUGUAGCCCAAGAUAAACUUCUGGUCUUCCAGCCUCCACUUUCCAAGUCCUUGAGGUUACAGAUAUAACCCACUGUCUGUGUCUAGCUUGUGAAGUUACUUUGAAAAAUAAUUUUAUGGAGCUGAAUGAUGGCACACACUUUUGAUCCCCACACUUAGGAAACAGACACAGGCAGAGAGCUCUUGUGAGUUCGAGGCCAGCUUGGUCUGUGCAGUGAGUUCUAGGCCAGUCAGGGCUACAGCGAGACCUUAUUUUGAUUAGAGAUCAUCUUAAAGGACUGGGGAGAUGGAAGUCCUGAGUCAAAAGCGUCAGCACUCUCGUAAAAUGCUGGGUGCUGUCUUGAGUCUGUGCUUCCCUCGCUGGGGCAGCGGAGAAUGUGGACAUCUGUGGACUCCUGCACCCCAGGCCUUCCUGGCCAGUCACUGAGCUCCAGGCUCAGUGUAAGGUCAAAUAGUGCGUGACUAACACGGGGUGAGGACCUCUUGUUUCUACAUAUGUGCACAGCACACACAUGCACAUGUGCACAACACAACACACACACACAUGUGCACAGAAAGAUUUUAUUUAACCUACUAUUUUCAAAACACUAUUUGAACAUGCAAUGCAUAUAAAGUUAUUGAAACAGUUUGCAUUAUUUUCUUCCAUUAAGUCUUCAGGAUCCAGAGUGCAUGUUAAAUGUCUGGCAUAUCUAACAUAGCCGCAUUUCAAGCAUUUGGGAACUGAGAGACUGUGCCAGACACACUAGCUACAAGUCUAUAUGGAUUUUAUCUUAGUCUCUCCCUCCAACAGAAACUAUCACCCUUUAGUAACCUCUGCUCUUGCUGGUGAAACAGUGCUUCUGGCAGAUGGCAGCUUAUCUCCCUCACUAUUAACUCGAUCGCCUAAAAAAAAAACAGAUAAACAAUCCAAACGAUUGCUAACCCAUAUGGGCCUCUAGGAAGAGGCUUAUAGCCACAGUCUGAUUCACCUGCUUAUGGGCUUGGGAUUGUUAACGCUGUUUCUGUUUCUGCUGCUCUGGUGGAGGCCUUCAGAUCACAGAGAGAUCCCUCCUUGACAUAUCAUUUAGCUGUUUUCUCAUGCUGUGUCUUGGCUUGGGCAUGGGGCAGGAUUGGGGGUGGGGAUUGUUCAUGAAUCCCAAACUCCUCUGAUGCCUCUCUGAAGGUCUCUGCUGGGCACCAUAUUUCUGAACAGGGAAAGCUUGUGUGUGUGUGUGUGUGUGUGUGUGUGUGUGUGUGUGUGUGUGUGUGUUGACAGACAGGCUCCUGCCCUUUCCAGGCAACUAUUUUAAGAACUGUGGUUUUAUGUUUCAUUUACCCUUCUAAAUAGAUACUAGAAAAACAAAUCUUGCAGCCAAUUAGUUUCCUUUCCUUUUUAAAUUCAGUUGAAAGUGAGAGAAAUAAUUUACAAUUUAUGAGGAGCCUAAGGUGAAGAGAAAAUUAAUCUACCCGAGGAAGUCAUUCCAAGAAGGGAACUUCCGCCCGAGUACCACCCAGGUCCCGCAGUCUGAGUUUGAGAAUUACAGAGCUUGGAUCCCACCAUGCUCUGGGGUGAUUUCAUAUUUUAGGAAUCCAGGACUUCAAUAUCUACUGUCUGUCUACAGAACAGAUGGAAUGCUCGGCUUCUGCGCCAGAGGGAAGAGAAGAAGCCUGGAUUUCUUUCGGCAAGCACAACAACCGAGUGUGCUUGAUGGAGACCAGAGGCCAUGGGAUAGUGGGGCCGGAUCCCGGAACGCUGAACCCGGAGCAACUGGAGCAGUUGCGAGAUUUCAAGAUCCAGACUCGGAUCGCAAAUGAAAAGUACUUGAGAACCCACAAAGAGGUGUCUCUGCUCAUCAGCGGCUUCUUCAGAGAAAUGUUUCUGAAAAGACCGGACAACAUUCUUGAAUUUGCUGCACACUAUUUCACGGAUCCAAGACUUCCCAGCAGAAUUCACAUGCAGCUAAUUAAAGAGAAGAAAGGAACCUAAUUAGCAAAGCCACAAUGCUCAGCUGCUGGGAGAAGCCAGAAGGAAUCAAGCUUUGGGGUCAUCUGGAGCCCUGAGAGCAGCAUUGCCACCAGUGUGGAUUUCCAAGCUGUGUGGGCCUUCUCCUAUCAGGGGCCUUUAAGAUACUGAUUAAACCCAGAUCUGCCUGCC